AUUGCACAUUUCAUGCCCCAAGAAGCUACGCAGAAUGAGUAGGGACUGGGCGCAAAGCAGUUUCUGAAUCCGGUCCGGCGUGCCGACGACAGCGAUGCCUGUGCCCACCGACUGAUCACAGUGCUUUACCCGGACAGCACUGAAUGGUAGCAGCUGAGAGACGGGUGCGGAGCGAGGGUUGCCAAACCCGGAGGAUUUCUCACGGCUCACGGACUAGAAUGCUCUUCUAUGUAUAUCCCCAUAAACGGAUGACAACCUCUAAACCAUCCUAUACAGAAAACGUUCACUUCUGCAUUUGACGUGGUGCUGUUAUUGAGGGUUCUUUUCUAACGGGGUCCAUCAUGCAGGUGCAAACUGUGGGCCAACGUUACUGAAAUGACUUGCUCGGCGCUGACGCAUUUGACUGUGCCAUGCCAACCCCGCAGUGUCAGAUGCCAUUUUAUUCUGCGCUAUCCUAGAACCUGGAAUUCCAGCAUACUGGGCCUGUUGUGUAAUUAGAAGUUCGUGAGGCAGUUGCAAACAAGCUGGUGCAAUGAUAAGCUACCAUCGGCCAGGCAUUGCGCGCAAUUUGUACUAAAGUGUAUGGGUCCUGCUGCGUACUCCAGCCCCCGGCUUCCACUUGGAGAGGUGUGCUGCUGGGCUACAGCUCACUGGCUGUCAGCUUCACAUCUGGACCGCCUGGGUACCGACAACUGCGGCCUGUUCGGACUGUGCACUCCCUGAACUUGUAUGUUUACUGACUGACAUCGCCUCGGAUGGUGUCGUGUUAGGGGGAAGGAGUGUAUAUUUGACUGGGAUUUGACGUUAUCGGUGAUCCACUGGAACACCGUUGUCCAAAGCUGGACUGGCUGACUAUUCAAGAAAAAAAUGCUUAUCCAGCUAUGGAUUUUGCGUAACGAAGUCACGCAUUUUUAACGGCAACGCUAGGGUGACAUUGCAGUCUUCUCACCACAUCGGUUAUUUCGUCGUCCGUAAAAAAAAUAAAAGAGUGAAAGUUGAUUACUGUCCGUCAUACGUAUCAACGCAGUGGGAUUUCUACGUCUGGUCGGCGUUCCCCCCCACCCUUCCCGCGGUGACGGUUAUGGGUCGGAAGCGGUGUGUCGGUGCAGAUUGUUCCAAGAUGGCGGCCGGGUGCUGCGGGGUGAAGAAGCAGAAACUGUCGGGAUCGCCCGGGUCGGGGUGUCCUGGCGGGGUGGGGGCGGGAAGCGGGGUGGCAGGAACCGGACAUUGUGGCUCGGAGUUGGGGAUUGGCUCCUCCGCGACCGUUGCAGCAGCGGCGAACGUGAGCAGAGCCAACGGCCUGGGGGGACCCGGGGGUAACGUUAGCGGCAGCAGUAGUAGUAGUGGUAGCAGCGGCACGAACGCUCUGUCCCCAGUCCCGGCCGGUUACUCUUCAUCCGGCCUCUCCCCGAAUCUCAGCUCGGGACCCGGUUCGGGCAGUGGAGGCAGAAAAAUGGUUGUCUCAGCGGAGAUGUGCUGCUUCUGUUUCGACGUGCUUUAUUGCCAUCUGUACGGAUACCAACCUCCGAGAACACCCAGGUUUACAAAUGAUCCCUACCCGCUGUUUGUCACAUGGAAAAUAGGCAGAGACAAGCGGUUGAGGGGUUGUAUAGGUACAUUUUCUGCCAUGAAUCUGCACUCAGGACUCAGGGAGUACACCCUUACCAGUGCCCUUAAAGACAGCCGCUUCCCCCCUAUGACAAGGGAUGAGCUGCCUCGCCUCUUCUGCUCAGUGUCUCUUCUCACCAACUUUGAAGACGUUGGUGAUUACCUUGACUGGGAGGUGGGUGUUCACGGUAUUAGGAUAGAGUUUUUCAAUGAAAAAGGUUCAAAGCGCACCGCCACCUACCUACCAGAGGUUGCAAAGGAGCAAGGUUGGGACCACAUUCAAACCAUAGAUUCCUUACUACGAAAGGGAGGUUACAAAGCUCCCAUCACAAAUGACUUCAGGAAGACCAUUAAGUUAACCAGGUACCGUAGCGAGAAGUUGACAAUGGGUUAUGCAGAGUACAUCGCCCACCGCCAGCACCAUCACUACCAGAACGGCAUCGGGCACCCUCUACCACCCUACAACCAUUAUUCCUGACAGCGAGCCGCAUGACCAAUCACUGGACCUCUCCGCGGACCUUUUCCCAGGAGAGCCCGCCCCCUCCUGGUCUAGCUAUUUCUACUACUGUACCAUUUUAUGAUGAUAGUUUCCGUUGCCAUGCUAGCCGUCUCCCAGACGUUGACAUGGCAACGGGGUGGCAACGAAAGCAUCAUUUGCUCAUGGCAAGAAAUCCAAAUUUCUUUUUCUUUGCCCGUGGUUACGUUUUUGCAGCAUAUGUAUACCAAUAUCUAUAACCCCCCUAUUCAUUACAUUUUUGAAAAUGAAACCAAUAUUCGAUUUUAUUAAUCUUAACGUCUUUUCAGCAAACCUAAUCAGGUGUUUGAUUCUGUGGAUGGAAGGAAGUCUCUUACGGUGGAUUAGUCUAGCGCGUAUAUUAUUUAGGCUUUGCUAAAAAUGUAUCAUUGUCUUAGAAAUUAUUCUUUAUUUUAUUCUUUAUCUUACUAUCCAGGCCAUGUAGCAAGGCAACCGCAGUUUUCAAAGACUGAGUCGUCUCUAUUCUGAUUCCUCAACAGAGAAAACCCAACAGAAUUGACUGUUGAGCUUUAUCAACUCUUGUAUUGUCGUAGUUGGAACUAUAUAUGGGAUCUGUAUUCUCCAAAGUAUAGAUAGUAGGAUUGUGAUGCCCUUUUGCUGGUAGUGUUAAUCGUUUGAGCUUGCAAUCGUGUGUAUAUUUCUGUGUGUGGAUAUAUAUUUUGGUCUUCCACAAGAUGGAGAAACCAGUGAGAGUGAAAUUAGAAAUUGGAUUUUAACCUAAAGAUUCCCUACAGAUGUUUUUUGUUUUUGGAAACCUCCCCUCUAAGUAUUUGUAGUGUUUUGUGGUGGAAGUUGUAGUCCCUUUUCUUUUAAAUUUUAGAUAAAUGUGGAGGAAGCCAUUUUGUCUGAGGAUAAUCAUGUCUGUGCAGGGGAUUUAUUAGUUAUCUAUUCAAAAAUGGGACACAAGUUGGUCUGAUUUCCCUGCAUUGGAAUGUGGGAGCAGGCGCAACUCCCUUUGUCCCUAGAUUUAAAAAAGUGCAUGACAAAUUUCAUUUAAAUGUACUGUCUGCUGAAGCUUACUGGCAGGGAGUCACUUGUCAGGGACACGCUUUAAAAAAAGCCAUAUUCUCUUUUUACUCCACUUUGUAAAAGUCUUGUUUAGCUCCAAAUGUUUGCAUACCAAUGAAAGGAUUUUGGGUCAUCUGAAUGCAAACUCACACCAUCACUGAAUGCUAGUCAAACCCUGUGGUUUCAGUCAUCUGUCUUGUAUAUUUCCCGUGUCGUCGUGGAAACAUUGUCUUGCCUCUUCAGAGUUUAGCUAACCAUUUUAUCACUCGUUCACAAAGUAUGAUGUAUUAAAACUGUCAUUUUGAAUGAAGACGCACCACGUGACGCACAAAGGAGGUGUGUGUGAUUCACCUGUCUGUGUCCUUUAGAUGUGCAUGUGAUCGCGUCUUUUAGAAGCUGAUGUAGUUGUUGAAACCGCACCUCCACCGUUCUCUUAACACACUGCGAGGACUGGAAAUGUUUGUUGUGUCACUAGGUUGGAGCAAACACUGUUGAAUUAGUUUGAGCAGAAUCCGUGCCCUUGCUGUUAAAGUCUAUAAAAAAAGCCAGGGCUUUGUUAGAACUUCAGAAGCCAUUUCCCAUCCUACUAUCAAUCGUGAGUCACAUCCACACACACAUUAGGCUAGUUGGAUUAACUUUUCUAGAAUGUCUUUGAGGGUCGUGAGACGCUCGCUUUGAGUUUGGCGUUCAGUUCUGCCCACUGGAAUUUUGUGAUAGGUUGUCGUUACUUGACAUGUUUUUGGUAACAGCCUUUACUAACUGACAGGUUAUUUUUUCUUUAUGCAAAAACAUUUCAAGGGCUUUUGGCACUCCAUCCACAGUAACCCGAAAUGACCCAGAUUUAAGUUGUGUUGCCUUAAACGAAUGAUUUAAUAAAUGAUGGGCCGACGGAUGUUGCUCUGACUGUUCCUCUGUCCCGUGGUUUCCCAGCUCCCAUCUUCACACCACAGUGUAGGAAAGGGCCUUUCCUCACUUGAAUGCUAAUACUAAGUUAGACAUAUGGGGGCUCCUGUAUGCCUGCAGUGUCCUGUUAGCUCUCCCAGCUGCUGGGCCUCCAUUCUUUCCGUUUUUGAAAGCCCCACAUAAACACAUUUUCUUAAAAUAAUGUCGGGGCUCUGUGGUGUUGUUUACCUUAGUGUGUAAAAACCAUGGGAACACCAUCUCCUUGUUAAAUAUACACUACAUGAAAAAGAGGAACAGUCACGCCUUCAUCCCCAGGCCCAUUUAAUACAGCACAACCUGAAUUCUUCUGCUGCAAAACCAAAUUGACCAUGCUCUUUUACAUAUAUGUCUUUGUGUACACAUGCAAUGUAUUCAGUUGCAUGUACGUAUGAGUAUGAGACCUAUGGUUUUAUCCAUGAUAUGCUUGAUCUAUGGCUUAGACACUCUUAUUAAACAUUAAGAGAUUUAAAAGACAAAUAUGGUGCUAUCAGACCUCAUAUUGGGGUGGUCACGCGCUCGUGACGUCAUGCGGACUCAUCGAUCAUAUCAUACUUUAAAGAUGCUGCAUGUAAGAUUUUCUCUUUAGAGUGUCGCCGCGAAAUGAGUUAUAGCGGCGCACUGUUAAAUACCGGAAGAUGUGACCGUAGAGCGGUAGAGAAGAAUCUGUGCUUUCGUUAGGGCGACUUCCCUAUGGGAAAAACAGAUUGAUAUUCUUACCCAUAUAAUGAAGAAGGAAAAGCCCCCACAGCAAACCUAGGGGCUACAGAAUGUACUGUUAAUGGUGGGGUAUUGAGAGAAAAUCCUACAUGCGUUACCUUUACUAUCCUUGAUAUAUGCAGAUCUGUUCAACAGGUGUUUUUUUUUUCUUUCUUCCUAGCAGUGCAAGUCAACACCCCUGCAGGUUUGAAAGGACAAGAAGCCAUGCGAAGCCCCCCCCCCCCCCUCCCCUCCCCAUCACCCUAGAUUACUCCCAACACUGUGGCCUGGCCUCACGGCCAAGAUGAUCAAGGUUAUGGGUCGAUGGGUGGCAGUAUUAGCAUCCGUUCUCCUGGAAUAUUUGGAUGCUGCUUUCUCAGAGCACUUCCUCUGUUUUUCCUUUAGCUGCUGAAUGGUUUGCCCUCUGGGGGUUCAAAGGCGUAAACACCUCAAACUAUGUUGAAGGUAUUCAUCUCCUACGAUGGGACGAAGAGCUAAUGUUUUAGGUAGAACGUGCAGAAGAAAAUAGUCCCGCUUCUGUUCUGAUUUAUCUGUUUAAAGCAUCGAUACCUCAUGGGAUUUAAUGGAACGGCAUUGGUAGUUCGUUGUAGCAGAUUGUGUUUUGGUUCCAUACCAGGGUUAGAGUUCGGCCUCAGCAUUCCGUGUGCGUUCGCUCUCAUAUUUCGUGGAAUGCUCAAGCUCGUGUUACCUUCGUAUGUUCGACUGAACCAAAGAUGCCAGCGGCCGUGCCCACAUGCUGCUCACAGGCCUGGCUUCCUGUCCUUUCAAAAGACACCCUCCCCUGCAAAUUGACAAAAUGUUUUUCUGUCUAUUUUGUUUUGUGUGUGCAAUUUCUCAACUGUCUUGACUUGUUAAGCAACUUCUCAAUUACUUUUCAUUGAGUCUCUCUGAAGCCGUACGUGGCAUCAAGGAUGGUUGCAAAUUGUUGUUACUUGUUUUGUUUAUUAUUAUUAUUAUUAUUAUUAUUAGAAGUAGUAUUAGUAUAUUAUUGCUAUAAUUUACAAAAAUGAAAAUCCCAUGGUGUGCCUCCUAGCUUUAUGGGUUUAUACACGUUUUUUUCCCUAAAGACCAGCAGUUAUACUUUGUAUAAAAGAUGGAUUUUUCCUUAUUUUUUAUGCCAUUAAAGAUGAAAAGCCUGUUUUCGUUACUCUGGACCCAGUAGCUGCACUGGUAUACAAUCGCACUGAUAGAUGAAUAUUAACAACAAAAUAGAGAAUAAAUGAAUCAAUAAUAAUAAUGAUAAUGACGAAUGAAAUAAGAACUACAAUAAACUUGUGUUUGAAGCUUUUAUAUUAAAACAAAAAAACAUCAUAAAGAAAAAAAUAAAAUGACUGUUUUUGUACAUCAAAAUAAAUUCUUUUCAAAAGAAUAUUUUGGAUCUAGUUUCAAAAUUAUUUUAGUGGUUUUCUAUGUUCUGAAUUUCUGAGACACUAAGACGUGUCACUGUACAAAAAGACUUUCUGUUGCAGUGGCCUGAUGGCUGGGAGGGUUGCCUGGUGUAACGCCUCAUACCAAUUAUUUUUAUUUUCCUUUCGAUAUUUUGGAUCUUUUUCUUAAGUACAUUUAAAAAAAAAAAAAAAAAGUUUAUGGAAUAUUAAGAAAAUGGGAACUUUGAAUCUAUCCCCUGUAGAACUAGACCCUUCCUCCUUUCCUAUUGAAUUGCUGUUAUUGUGACAAGACUUGAAACGGGCAUUUAAUAUGAUAGUAUGACUCCAAAAGAAAAAAAACACAAAAAUAAACACACAAAAAAAAAGAAACUAAAGAAAAAAAAAAGCUAAAGUGUGGGGAGGGUUGAAAGAAUAUAUAUAGAUGAGUAUGUAAGCAAUGGCUGUGAAGAUAAUGUAGUUUUAAACAUUGUUAUUACCGUUUAAAUCAUUUAUUCAAUAAAAAAUACAAAAUCAACUGAAAACA